AUGGAGAACGUCACCACAGUGGAUGAGUUUCUUCUGCUGGAACUGACUUCCAAUCGGGAGCUGCAACCGAUCAUCUUCAUGACCCUCUUGGUUGUGUACAUUAUAGAUCUGUUUGGAAAUGGGUCCAUAUUAGUGGUCGUCACCUCAGAGCCAAGACUCUACUCUCCCAUGUAUUUUUUCCUGGGAAAUCUUUCUUGUCUGGAUAUCUGCUAUUCUUCAGUGACACUGCCCAUGCUAAUGGCAAACCUCUUCUCCCCUCACAAGGCCAUUUCCUUCCUAAGCUGCAUCAGUCAGCUCCACUUCUUCCACUUUCUGGGCUGCACCGAGGCCCUUUUGCUGGCCGUGAUGGGCUUUGACCGAUUCGUGGCCAUCUGCUACCCGCUUCGCUAUGCUGUGAUCAUGAACCUCCGGGUGUGUAUUCUCUUGGCAGCUGUGGCCUGGAUCACCAGCUUCUUUUAUGCUCUGAUGCAUUCCGUCAUGACCGCACGCCUGAACUUUUGCCACUCUCUGAAACUCAGCUACUUCUUCUGUGAUGUGAAGCCCCUCUUAGAGUUGGCCUGUGGUGACAUUCGGCUCAAUCGAUGGCUCAUUUUUAUUGUCACGGGCAGCUUAUCUAUGGCAGCGUGUUUUCUCACUCUCCUCUCCUACUUCUACAUCAUCACCUUUCUUCUCCUCAAGCACCGGUCCUGCCACAUGCUCCGCAAGGCUCUGUCCACUUGUGCCUCCCAUUUCAUGGUGGUGUCUCUCUUCUAUGGAACUGUGGGGCUCACAUACAUCCCCCCUGCCUCUGCCACCUCUGUAUCACAGGGACGGUACGUGGCUGUCAUACACACCACUGUGACUUCAGUGCUGAAUCCACUGAUAUACACCCUUAGGAAUAAGGAAGUGAAGUUGGCUCUGAGGAGAGUCUUUGGGAGGAAAUGGGAGCUGUCUGUCUAAAGAAAAUCGCUGGCAA